CGUAGCGGGCGUGCGGAGUGACGUGCUUUCUUUGUGCGCACCAUGUCGGAGAGCGCGGCGCGGGCGGACAUGCCGGCCAAGAGGCAGAAACUGAGCGACGAGAACAGCAAUCCCGACAUGUCUGGCGACGAAAAUGAUGACGCUGCCAGCAUAGAGAGUGGUACAAAUACAGAGAGACCAGACACACCUACAAACACACCAAAUGUACCUGGACGGAAAAGCUGGGGGAAAGGAAAAUGGAAAUCCAAGAAAUGCAAAUAUUCAUUUAAAUGCGUCAACAGUCUUAAGGAGGAUCAUGGUCAACCACUGUUUGGAGUACAGUUCAACUGGCACAGUAAGGAGGGAGAUCCUUUGGUAUUUGCCACCGUUGGCAGCAACCGGGUCACACUUUAUGAAUGUCACUCUCAAGGGGAAAUGCGAUUAUUGCAAUCAUAUGUGGACGCUGAUACAGACGAGAACUUCUACACAUGUGCGUGGACGUAUGACAGUAAUACAAGCCACCCCCUCUUGGCUGUGGCUGGAUCAAGGGGCAUUAUCCGAAUUAUUAAUCCCAUCUCUAUGCAGUGUAUUAAACACUAUGUUGGACAUGGUAACGCGAUUAAUGAACUGAAAUUCCACCCCAGAGAGCCAAAUCUUCUUCUUUCUGUGAGCAAAGAUCAUGCUCUAAGGUUUUGGAACAUCCAAACUGACACUUUAGUUGCGAUAUUUGGAGGUGUGGAAGGACACAGAGAUGAAGUUCUGAGUGCAGAUUUUGAUCUUCUUGGAGAGAAAAUAAUGUCUUGUGGCAUGGAUCAUUCCCUUAAAUUGUGGCGAAUCAACUCAGAAAGAAUGUUAAAGGCUAUUAAGGGAUCAAAUGAAUAUAAUCCAAGUAAAACUAACAGGCCAUUUGUAUCGCAGAAAAUCCAUUUCCCUGAUUUUUCUACAAGAGAUAUACAUAGGAAUUAUGUGGACUGUGUGCGGUGGCUUGGUGAUCUGAUAUUAUCAAAGUCUUGUGAAAAUGCCAUUGUGUGCUGGAAACCCAGCAAAAUGGAAGAUGAUAUUGAUAGAAUAAAACCAAAUGAAUCAAAUGUGACAAUACUGGGAAGAUUUGAUUACAGUCAAUGUGACAUCUGGUACAUGAGGUUUUCAAUGGAUUUCUGGCAGAAGAUGCUGGCUUUGGGUAAUCAAGUUGGAAAACUUUAUGUAUGGGACCUUGAAGUGGAAGAUCCUCAUAAGGCUAAAUGCACAACACUGGCUUAUCCAAAAUGCACUGCAGCUAUACGCCAGACCAGUUUUAGCAGAGAUAGCAGUAUUCUCAUUGCUGUUUGUGAUGAUGCCACAAUUUGGCGCUGGGAUCGACUUCGAUAAAAAGAUGUCUUCUGAAUCAUGCACAAUGACAGAAGAAUAUUUUCUCAGCUUGCUUAGGCUAAUUUUCAUUUUGUUAAAUAAAUUGUGUUGUCUGUAUAGAUCUGCUAAUGCAAUCUGCACAGUUUGACUUUUUCCUUUAUGUGGCUUGUUGCCUUUUUUUCUGUCAAUAAAUAUAUUUUUUAUAUAUUG